AGAGAGAGAGAGAGAGAGAGAGAGUGAGGACUUGUCAAUUUUAAAGACAUUCUUACAUUGCUUUGCUCUGCCAUCCUUUGACAGCUUCCAGAGGGCUGGAAGGAAGAGGCAGCUCUGCCGAUGAUACUGAUAGGCGGAAGAGGCAGAGGUGUGAGCGGAAGAGGAGGAGGAGGAGGAGGAGGUGGUGAAGAGUACCAGUCAAGAGUGACAACAAUGGUAUUCUCCCGGUGUACCAUGUACAAGGACCCACUGUACCACCACAAGGGUACAAAGUCCUGUGUGUACGGGUACGUCUUUACCCUCCGUGGUGCUGAGUGGAGCGUCGUUGCUGAGUGGGGGCUGGUGUGUGAACGUAUAUGGAUCAAGCACUGGAUUAUAACAUCCUACCUCAUCGGUCUUGUGUUCGGUGGUCUGAUCUUCGGCUUUAUUGCUGACAGGUUCGGGCGAAGGAACUUACUGAUGGUGUGUGUGGCUACGGUGGGAUGUCUGGGCCUGGCGCUACACUUCGUCAGGAGACUCAUAGUGUUUCUCAGCCUCCGCUUCAUCCAGGCCAUCUUCGUACAGGGUGUGUACGUUACUAGCUGGACGUUGGUGGCUGAGCUGUUUCCUGCUCGGUGGAGAUGCAGGGCCCUGGUUGCCGCCGGCAUGGCCCGACCCCUUGGUGUGGCCCUGGGUGCACUGCUUGCCCUCAUGGUCCAGCACUGGAGGGCCAUCCAGCUGGCACUCUCACUCCCGCUGCUCAUUUCUCUUGUUUAUUGUUGGAUGGUUCCAGAGUCUCUCAGAUGGCUGUUGACUCGUGGGAAGACCCGUCGGGCGCGUCAGGUGGCUGCCCAGCUGGCCAGACACAACCAGCUGACCCUGCCGCCCACCGCCCACGCCCAGAUGGAUCACCUGGCCGCCCACGUCUACCUGGACGUGCCCUGGGGCACCCUCGUCACCCUCUUCAAGACGCCACGUCUCAGAAAACACACUCUCGUCUUGGCUUUCAUGUGGUUAGCAGUGUCGCUGGCUGAUGGUGGGUUCCGGCACAAUCUAGCUGGUGCUGGGCAGAUGAGUGACCUGCUGGGUGGCCCUGGCCACCUGGGAUACCUGCUGGGGGCUGGAGUUGAGGCUGGGGCUGUGGUGUUGGCUGUGGUCCUCAGCACACAGCUGUACCGCAGGGCCUUCCUGGUGCUCACCCUCCUGCUAAGUGCUGCUCUCUCCCUCGCUGUCAUCUGCGUCCUGCAGCUCGUUAAGGAGUCGUGGUUGGACGUUACGGCCUUGGCGACAGCUCUGAGGUUCAUGGGUGUGCUGAUUGUGGGCGGGGCGAGGGUGGGCGUGGGUGUGGUCAGUGUGGAGGUGGCGCCCACCACCGCCCGCGCCUCCGCUGUGGGUCUCUGUGCUGCCCAUGCUGCUGUGGGUGAGAUACUCACACCCCUGCUGGCUAUUGUGGCCGAGUUGACCUACCCGUCAGUGCCGUGGCUGAUGUCAGCAGCAGGGUGCCUGGUGGCAGCGAUGUUGGCUCUCCUCUUACCGGAGACGUCUGGCACUUCCCUUCCAGACGUAGUGGACGAGGCGGAGGUCAUAGGACUUUGUUACCGCGGGGAUGUCCUCAAAACCUGCGACUUCGGCUACGGCAGGAGCCCCUACUGGGUCGAAGUCGACGGCCUUAUUGUCAGCCGGAGCGUGUCAGAAGCCGCCCUCGAAGACGAUGACAAAUGCAGGAGACUCAAACCGAAUGUGGAUUCCCAGCUUAAGACUAAAGUUUCCGAACGUCGCGACAAGAAGAGGAACAUGAUUGAUGAAGGCGCCGGGCCGUCAAAAUUGAUGGUGCCGCAUGUGAAGAGUCGCCGCAGGGAGAUAAGCGCAUUGUUUCCAGGUUCUUCUGGGUCAGUGGCGUCUUCGUGCUCGCACUGCUCUUUGGUAUCCCUAGUGGACGUCAGCAGAAUCAACGGCAACAACUCCGACACCACAGACUCCAAUGACUUUGAGUGUCGUGAUAAGAUAAAUAAGCUCUCCUCUGUCUGUGGGGAAGAAACAUCGAAAACGGAACAAAAUGUAGUUAGAAGCACGGCUGAAGGAAACGAGGAAAUAAAUGCUAAAGUGCCUCCUGAAGUUAAAGAUCAUGCUGCAGGAAAAUCAAGCGUUCGGUCGAAAGAAGGGAAAACGAAUACUGCUGCAAAUUCCGACCCCAGUGCCAAAGACAAUGCACCAGUUUAUGAAGCAAUCCCCAAAGCCAAUGUCAGCAGCACUGAGUCCGUUGAGAGUGACCUGAGUAUCUCAGUAUGUUCUUUGCAGUUCAAGCACAUCAGGCGACUUGUGAGCCCGACUGACCGUAGAAGAAAACCUGGUCUACAGUAUUCUUCUUCUUCUGUUUAUGCUGCUGGAGAAGGGAGAACUCUUGUCCAGGAGUACAUGUCAAGGAAUAGUUUCAAGGGAGACGUAUCUAGUUUGCGGUACCCUACCCUCGCUAGCGAAAGCAAAUGUGCGAAAAACAAUGAGCAUGAAAGUCCCAUCACUACGCCUUCGUCAGUUCUGAAAGAAUGUAUCAGAAUCGCGAGAAACAGAAAAAGGACCACUGUGUUAAAUCGGUUGCAAGAAGAAGAAACAGACGAGAAUGCGUCUUUUCAACAAGACACAAACACUGUCUCGUCUCAGGCGAGUGUAUUCUCGACAGAUACCAGCGAGUCGACUGACGAAAGCGUCCUGCGUGAUUCUCAGUCAGACGGACCAUCGCCCUCACCCAGUAUUUUUAUCCCAAGUUCUACUUUAGAGUACGUGGCUGGUGGGAGGACCGAGACGACAUCUCGCACAUUAAGAUACGACACCUUGAAAACAACUUCUGAUAUUUACCAUUCAAAGUAUCAUUCCUUCAGAAGUGGCCUCUGCUACUCUCAUUCUGUCUCUGAGGCCACUGCUUCUAAGAACCUACAAGUAAACAUUCAGUCAGAGGUGCAGUCGGAGAGAGACAUGUGUUCACAAGAAAAAGUGAGUAAGACAUCUCAGAAACCCAGCAUAAAUGAAGUGGAUAAAGCUGAUGGUAAAGAAGUGACAGGCAACGCAAGCCCAGUAAUUCCUACAUCAACUGAAGCCUCAGUGUCCGCUACAGCAACUUCAGCGAUGGAAACUCCUCCUGGAGCUUCAGAUUCUGCGCUGAGGGAGAGGGAGAAACUCGGGCUGAACAUCGACUCUCAGGACACGAGGAAGCAGGAAGAUCACACUGACCCAGAAAGAACCAACUCGAGGGACACAACACUUUUCGGAAAGGACAUAAUCAUCAUAGACGUUGAUGAAACCAAACUCUAGCAGCCGCCUGAGAUGAUGUAAUAAGCGAAUAAUAGUACACAAAAGAAUUU